AUGGUGAGAGUGGAUGAGGAUUCCGAGGAGGAGAAAGAAGUCUUCCAAAAGAAAAAUGCAAAUGAAACUAACCUUAGAGAGUGCAAACGGCAGAAAGUAUUGCAAAGCCACUGGAAGGAAGAUCUUUCGCAAGAGAUCGCCGGAGAGGAUUCAAACAGCAAAAGAUACGUAAUUAGGUCAAGUUGUCUCUACCAAGUUAUUGGUGUAAUUCCAAAGUGGUUUCGCUAUUUUCGCGAUAUCCGAUACCUCAUCAUGUUCGUGCAGAAAAAUAACUUGAAUACUGAAUCUCAAUCCGAGGACUCAACCUCUGAAAGUGUUGAAGAACUCGAUCCUGACUAUGCUGAUGAAUCUGGUGUUGAUUACUCCUCAAGACCAAGGACUGCUUUUUCCAAGCAACCUCCUCGUGAAAGAGAAUCCUUAAUGAAGGAUGAGACUUUACAGAGUUGUAGAGUUAAAUAUUCCAUUCCUUCAUCUAUUCGUCUUCACAAACCCAAACCAGAAGAUAGAUGUUCUUCUAUUCGUUUGGGUGAGGUAUGUUUUUUCCAGUCGACUUUUGCUGCGGGCUUGCGUUUUCCGAUUCAUCCAUUUGUAGAAGAAAUUCUUUCUCAUCUGAAGAUAGCUCCUUCUCAAAUUGCUCCUAAUUCAUGGAGAAUUAUUAUAGGCUGUUUGAUUGUUUGGGGAAAGUGUGGCAAUGGCCGUCUAACAGUAAAUCAAUUCCUGCAUUUUUAUUAUCCCAAGAAGAAAAAAGACAAUUUUUGGUACUUCCAGUGUAGAUCAAAGAAGACAUUCCUCCUUGUUGCAACCCCUGAAAAUAAUAAAGGUUGGAAGAGUCGUUUCUUCUUUAUUUCCGGUGCAUACGGGAAAUUUCCAACUAUUUGGAAUAAUUCAGAUCCAACAGAAGCCGAGCAUGUUGGUAAUGCCUCUUCUUACCCAGUAAAGACCUUUAGCGAUCUUAUAACUGACGAGGCUUUAGAUUUGUAUGUACGAGCUCAUAGCUCAAAGGAAACCUCCACCCACUUAGAGAAAGGCAAGAAGCUCAGUAAAAGACUCCUAGCCCAAGUCCGGUCAAGUAAUCUCCCUUCUACUCCUGCUUCCAAAAAAUUACGAAGGGUAGGAGAAGGGAAUCAUGGUACAUCCGCAAGCCCUGGAGUGUUAUCAGGUCCUACUCUUGUACCUCUAGGUUUCAGCGGAUUUGGUGGGGUUCCUACUAGUUUCGAAAGUUUUUGUUCAGUAUCAACCAACCAAGCCUUUUCCCACGGGGAAUCGAUUCUCGAUGACGCUAAUGUCGCGAAUGACAGGUUACAUAAAAUGGUAGUAAAAGACGACACUGCCAGAUUGCAGAGUCUGCCAGCAUCUGAGCUUUCAAAGAAAUUUCUUCAUCUAAUCAGCCAGGGCACUACAUACUCUGUUGUUAUCGCCAAAGAAUACGAGAAGCUUUCCUUAGAGAUGGCUUCCCUCAAGGCUAAAUAUGAAGAUGUUACUUCUAUACUUAAAAUAAAAGAAGUUGACUUGACUAAUGCAAAAUUAAACUUUCAAGAUGAAAAAGUGAAACUUACCAAAGAAUACUCUGAUAAGCUGGAAUUCGAGAAGCUAGCUGCCGUGGAGAGUUUUAAAAAUUCUGAUGAAUUCAAGGUGCUCAUAGGCAAGGCUUGCUGUGAUGGUUUUGACCGGUCAAAGCUCUUGUCGGCAAAGAUCGUCCAGACAUAG